AUGAGUAAUGACCAAGCAUAUUAUGGAAGAGGCUUCAAGAAAUCAAUUGCAGAUACUCAUUCAUGGAGAACUGUUGACAACUCCUCCAAAUUCAUCACCCCGGUGCUUAAGCCAGAUUUUAAAGUAUUGGAUGUAGGCAGUGGUCCGGGGUCUAUUACAAUUGAUUUGGCGAAAAACUAUCUUACUUCUGGUGGUUCUGUUAUUGGCGUUGAACCAACGCAAGAAUUGAUUGACACUGCAAAUAAUUUAAAGGAAUCAACGGAACCUCUGUUGGAUAAUGUCAACUUUCAAUUAGGAUCGAUCUAUGAGUUACCAUUUGAAGAUAACACUUUCGAUUUAGUCCAUUCACAUCAAGUUGUUAUUCAUUUACAAGACCCAGUAAAGGGAUUGAAGGAACUUGCAAGAGUAACAAAACCAGGUGGAUACGUUGCAGUAAAAGAUGCCGAUUUAGAUUCAAUUAUUACAUCUCCAGAAAAAUAUGCCAUCUUGAAAGAGUAUUAUGUUCAAAAAGCCAAGAACGCCAUUUCGACUGACAUAAAAGCUGGUAGAACAUUGAGAGAAAAGGCUAUCAAGGCAGGAUAUGAGCCCGAAAACAUCACCACUACCCAAUCUUAUUGGUUAUUAGCUGAUGACCAUGAGCGUAAGAAACAAUGGGCAGAGUUGGCUAUAAAUAGAAUCAAAACUGGUGGGGAAAUUUUGUUUACGAAAGACGUUAAAAAGAAUGAGGAAAUGUGCAAUGAAGCAAUUGAAAAAUGGCAUGAAUGGAUUGAUGAUGAAACUUCUUUAUUCGAUAUUUCCCAUUUUGAGAUUAUUUACAAGAAGGCCGUGGAUUCAAAAUAG